CAGCGCUAAAAAACGAAUACAGUUGUGUCAACACCAGCUACCUUGUCUUCAGUCACGGAGGACAAGUAUUUUUGAAGCUCCACAGAACUGUCGCCAUCUGACAGGGUACCGAAAAUGGCCCCCGGGCCGCACGUUUGGACACCAUGUAGUCUCACAUGACGUGGACUGCUUCCGCUUCACUUGCUAAACCAGCAGAGAGGAGAUAAGCAGCACGCCGCAGCGCCAAGAAGAGUGCGAGUGAUGUAAUGUCGCCCGCUUGCUGACCACGGAUGGCUGUUUGUGCCAGGCUGUGCGGAGUGGGUCAGUCGCGGAGGUGCCGGAGGCGACCGCGACAGAACCAACAAGACCGGGGCAGCGAUUCGGACAUGGAUGAGGAAGAAGAGGAGCGGAUCGUGGGACAGAGGCGAGGCGACGCCGGUGGUGGUGGUGAGGCCCCGGAGAGCGGCGUCGUCGUCGAAACCGCAGGGCCGAGUCGGGUGCACUGCAGCGGGGCUGACAGCAGACUACACGGCGUGGGACUACCGCACCCGCAGGCUUUGUCGGAAUUACCACCGGAGCUUUUGGUGGAGAUAUUCUCCUUGCUUCCCGGAACUGCACUGCCGAAUGUCGCCCUCGUCUGCAAGACGUUUAGACAAAUCCUCAAUACAGAAACCAUCUGGAGAAGGCGGUGCAUGGAAGAGUUUCACAUGAAGGAGGAUGUGAGGAAGAUGGAAGUCGGAGGAGUGUCGAGCCGUGACCUAUAUGUGAAACGUGUUAACCCACGAGUGAAGUCUGGGCGCUUUAUGAAGCUCCUCCCGGACUACGAGCAUAUGGACUAUAAAGACGUGUACACGCACUUGCUUCAUCCGUACAGACACAUUUUGGGCCUGUGGCAGCCUGACAUCGGCCCUUACGGGGGAUUACUCAAUGUUGUGGUCGACGGGCUGUUCAUCAUUGGAUGGAUGUAUUUGCCACCACAUGACCCGCGUGUGGAGGAUCCCAUGAGAAGGCGACCGCUCUUUCGUAUCCACAUGUGGGACAGCAAAAAGGCCACUGUGGAGUGUAUGUAUGGACACAAGGGUCCCCACAAAGGAGACAUCCAGACCGUAAAAAAGGACGAAUUCUCCACAAAAUGUAAUCAAACAGAUCAUCACCGCAUGCCAGGAGGCAGACAGGAGGAGUUCAGGACAUGGUUGGAGGAAGAAUGGGGCCGGACGCUAGAAGAAAUCUUCCACGAGCACAUGCAGGAGCUCAUCCUGAUGAAGUUCAUAUACACCAGUCAAUAUGACAAUUGCCUGACAUACCGGCGCAUCUACUUGCCUCCUGCAAUGCCGUCCGACUUGACUCAGCCAGGACUCUUUAAAGGCACCUACGGCAGUCACGGUUUGGAGAUAAUCAUGCUCAGCUUCCAUAGGAACUCUGCAAGAGCCACCAAACUCACUGGAGACCCCAACGUUCCUGCCGGGCAACUGACAUUGGAUAUUGACUUGAGCCAGCCUCUAAUCCUCCCAGACUUGGAGCAUCAGCGCAAUAUAGAGGAGCUGUCACGACUCGUAUUGGGGGUACACGAACAAGUACAGAGAGAGGCGAGGGGAGAUGCCGCCGCCCCAGUGAGAGUCCCCGCCGAGGGAGCUUGUAGUGAAGCAGACGGGGUGGAAGCCAAUAAUGGCGUCGAUUCAGACGGUUGCCAGGUGGGUCCGAGUGGAAGCAGCGGUCCUCCGGAGAUCCAGCCCUUUAUUUUGCCUUUAGGAGUCAUGGCUCGGAAUGAGGUGUACCCUCGCACUUGCAGGAAAUGCUUCUACGGGACAGGCUUGAUCGCGGGGCAUGGCUUCACAAGUCCAGAACGCACCCCUGGUCUUUUUGUGCUGUUCGAUGAGGAUCGUUUCGGGUUCAUCUGGCUGGAGUUGAAGUCAUUUAGUCUCUACAGUCGACUGACGGACCGCCUAGCCCACGCACAUGCCCCAAAUAUGGAGCGAUUUGAGGCCAUGCUCCGCAACAUGCAGUCUUGGACAUCCUGAUGAUCCAAGCUUUAAGUCCCUUCAGGGAAUACAAUGCAUAAUAAUAAUAAUAAUAAUAAUAUACAGUACAUUAUACCCAAGUAACCUCGGCAUCCCCCUUCUUCCGCAGCGGUACAUAUUAGCACAUGACAUGAUCUGUUCCAUCUAUUUCUGUUUUUUAAACAUUUAGUUUUCCCACUUUGCUUUUUGGAAGGCAUCGUGAGGUUACUCCAGGAAUAUUUUGUCUAUUUAUUUAUUUAUUUAUUUAUUCCCACCAGGAGGAAAAACAUAUGCGCAAACUCAAUGUGCCUCUGAUUUUAAAACCACGCCCGUACUUGGUAGCGUUUGAGAAGGUAAUGGCGUGUAAUCCAUUUUAAUUCAAUACCCAUUUUAUUCAGCUAUAGCUGCUUUUUAGUUAAUUUUUUUUUUGGCUAAAUACGUCAUUGGUUCAAAAAAAAAAAAAAAAAAAAGCUUCUCAGGUACAUUUUUUUUGCCCCAAAAUUAGGAAUAAUUGUAACAUUGGUUAAGUAAAGAAAUUUUAAUAAUUAACCAGCAGAAAUAAAGCAAGAUUUCUAACAGGGCUACCUUUCAACUGUUGGCUCUUAUCAAACAAUCUGUUUUUUUUUUUUGCUCUUUGAGCUUUCGUGAUUAGAUUUUCAGUGAAAUGCUCCAAAACGUUAUUUCCCCACACCUUUUGUAUAAUGGAAAAUAUUAGCAAAGUAUAACAUAAGCUAUACAUACACUGGAUUUAUUCAAUGUAUGAAAUUCGUGGGUUUCUGUAAAAAUGCUAAAUUGCAGCCUAUUAUUUGAAAUGUACUACUUUUGCUGUUUAUUGCAAUGUUUGCUUGGGCUUUUACUGGAAAACUUCCUCUAAUUUUUUUUUUUUGUGCAUCCACAGCUGUUAAGCUAUAUUAAUAUUUGAGAAACCCACAAAUGAAUCUUGAAUUAUACCAAAUACUGUACAUGUACUGUAUGUUUGUGUGUCUUGUCAUGGCUUAAUGACGUCGCCCAGUAGCUUUCCUACAACAAGUGCACUUUUCUGGGCAGUAUAGUAACUGAUAUCUAAAUACACUGCACACACUGGGCAGCAUAUUUGCAGUAGACUGCAGCUAUAUAAACAUUUGCAAAAAAAUAAAAUAAAAAUAAAUGCUUGAGCAUCUUUAAACUAAUUUUGCCCUGUUUAUCUGAACCAAAAUAUAUGGUUCCAUACAUUUUCCUAUCUUGAAGUUAUCUGUGCUAUUUGAAUAAUUCACCUUACUGUUGCUUUGUAUUAUGUAUUAGGGCUAAUGUGGUAGUUAAUAAGCAAGCUAAUGUACUUUUCAGUCUGUUUUUUUCUUCCCUGUAAUUCUGUCAUUUUUCAUUACAUUGCAAUUCCUCCUUGACUGGUCUUUUACCUCAAGUGCCAUGGAGUAAAACCGCACAUCUUCCAUCCAAAACAACCGUCUUUACUUUUAAAAAUCCAUGUCUGGUUCAAGCUGCACUGCAAGAAGUGAAAUCUAAGGAAAAUUUAAGCUAAUCGUUAUCGUAUAUCGAUAUCGUAUUAAAAAUAAGCUUUCACCAGAACAAGAAAGUUUAAAUUGUCAGCAGUGUUAAAUGUCGGUUUUUAAAAACUAUAUUAAGUCAUACUGUUUCGGAAUUAUGACAGUUUUAGGGCCACAUUCAAGAAAAAGUGAAGUUGUAAAUGAACGAAAAUAAAGCCGUAAAAAGUCCCAAUUUUUAUAGCUGUCUCAAGUAAUGCCUGUUUGGACGAAGUGUUAAAAUAAAUCAGAGAUUUCGAGAAUAAAGUUGUAAAUUCAUGAGAAAAAACUUGUAAUAUUAUGAGAGUAAAUUUGUACGUUUACAAGACAAAAACUCUUCUGACUUUGUUACAGGCAUUGCCUGAGACAGCUAUGAA